CACAGUGAUCUCUGUGUGAUGAGUUUGAGGAGAGCGGUGUGUCAGUUGGGGGAGACACUGAAUAAAGAGAUUGAGAAGCUGCCUGAAACAAACUGAAGAGGAUUCAGCAGUAUGCAGUGGAUGUGUCUCUGGACCCUGAUACAGCACAAAGUGAACUCAUCCUAUCUGAGGAUCGGAAAGAAGUAACAUAUGGAGACACACGACAGAAUCUCCCUAAUAACCUAAAGAGGUUUGAUCCUGUCCUUAUUGUCUUGGGAAAGGAGGGAUUCUAUAAGAGAGUCUAUAAACAGGAAAGGGAAUAUCACACUGUCCCCUGAUAGUGGAUGCUGGGCUGUGGUCCUGACCGAUAGAAGUAAGUACGCAGCUUGAUCCCCCAUCUUUACCCCCCUUUCCCUUAGAGAGAAGCCCCAGAAGGUGGGUGUGUUUGUGGAUUAUGAGGAGGGGCUGGUCUCCUUUUAUGAUGUGGAGGCCAGGUCUCAUAUCUACUCCUUCACUGGCUGCACCUUUUUUUUAAAAAAGGGGGGGUUCUUCUUAGGACACUCUGAAUGGUUCAACCAGCCUUAUUAGUCUUUAAAAUGUAAUUAUUUAUGACAAUGCAUUGCAUGUAUCAUAAGGCCUUUGUCUGAGGGCCUAGUUAUGCCAUUACACAUUGGUGUUAGGAAUCUCCUGGUUUACAGGCCACUUCAGGCCUGAUAGUCACAUUAUGCAGUAUUACAGUAAAACAAACAAUUCUGAAAAUCUUCCUGCAAUAGAGCAUGCUGGGAAAUAUUAUAUAUGGUUCUAUGUAGAACGCUUCUUGCUUUCCAAAGAAUCCGUUUUGUCUUCCAAAGAAUCAUCAAAGAACCAUUGUCUUCCAAAAAGGGUUCUUCAGAUCAAAAGAGUUCUUGGUAGAACCCUAUCCCUCCGUAAAGAACCUUUUAGGAAUCCUUUUUUCUAAGAGUGUAGGUAUUAUGCACACUGUAUAUCUCUGUUGAUCCUCAUUAGCUGUAAUGAACACUGAGUAACAUUGAGGAUUUUUCAAAUCCAGUUGAAAGGGAUAGAAUUGGUAUUUGGUCAGGUACAGUCCCAGAGCUUUAGAAUAGUGAUGGCUAUUUAUGACAUCAGUUUGGAAUAGUAGACUAAUGUAACUGUGGGGAAAUAUAUGUGAUAUUGGGUUGUGUGUAAUGAAUGGUUUGUUUCUGACUCAUCAUUGUAUAUAAUUCUAAAAAAAAAAAAAAAUACAAAAAAAUAAAUGUACAUGUACCUUGUCCGUCUGCCUUUCUGAACUGAUAAUAACAUAACACUCAUUGUGAAGAUAAAGGCAAAGAAUUAGUGAGUGAAUGAUGAAAAUGAUGAAGAGAAACAUGACAGUGGACAGUCACCUUAACUUAAAUAAUGUUUUAUUGGCUUAAAUCUAAAUAAAAUAUCUAUGCUAUAAAAUUUCUAACCUACAGGCAAUGGAAAACUGGCAUCUGAGAGAGUUUAGUCAUGUAAGGAGUUAACUGUUCCAGGAAGAGGGAAGGACCAUUUCAACAUCACUUUGCUGAAGUGGAUUGGGAGGAGCAUUACAAUGUCACUUUCCUGAAAUGAAACUUCAGUAUACAGUGUAUUGAGUACGGAAUAAACUCUCCCCAGCUCUUCAGAAAUAUCUAUUAAAUACACAGUCUACUAUCUCACAGAAAAUACAAAGAUAUUACCCACAAACGCAUGCAGAUAUGGUCACCUCCAGUAGUCUCCUGUAUGAAGAGCAAUUCCUGUGCUCUAUCUGUCUGGAUGUACUGUAGUCACCGAGGAAGGCUGAAGAACUCAUUAAAGAGCUGGAGCAGGAAACCACUGAGCUAAAGAGAAGAAGCACUGAGCUGGAGCAGCUCUCACACACUGAGGAUGAUCUAAACCUCCUCCAGAGCUUCCCAUCCCUGUGCAGCCCUCCACUCACCAAGGACAGUGAUCUGUGUGUGGGGAUUGUGAGGAGAGCCGUGUGUCAGCUAGAAGAGACAGUCAUGAGUGAGAUGAAGAGGUUGUUUGAUGAUGAGCUGAAGAGGAUUCAGCAGUAUGCAGUGGAUGUUAUUCUGGACCCUGAUACAGCAAGCCCCUGGCUCAUUCUGUCUAAGAAUGGGAAAGAAGUGAGAACUGGAGAAAAAAAACAGAAGCUCCCUGAUAACCCAAAGAGGUUUGAUUCUGCCGUUAAUGUCUUGGGAAAGAAAGGCUUCUCCUCAGGGAGAUUCUACUAUGAGGUAACUGUUACAGGGAAGACUGAGUGGAAUUUAGGAGUGGCCAGAGAGUCUAUCAACAGAAAGGGGACUGUCGCAUUAAGCCCUGAUAAUGGACGCUGGGCAGUGAUCCUGAGGGAUGGGAGUAAGUACAUAGCUUGUGCCCCGACCCGUGUCCACCUCUGCAUGAGAGAGAAGCCCCAGAAGGUGGGGGUGUUUGUGGAUUAUGAGGAGGGUCAGGUCUCAUUUUAUGAUGUGGAGGCCAGGUCUCAUAUCUACUCUUUCACUGGCUACACCUUCACUGAGAAACUAUAUCCAUACUUCAGCCCUUUGCUCAAUGAUGGUGGUAAAAACUCUACUCCUCUAAUCAUCUCUCCUGUCAAUCACACAGACUGAGUUUGAACCUGAAAUUGACCUGAAACUGACCUGUAAAAUUAGUACCUCAAUUAGAGUUCAGUCUUUCAUAAAACACCAGGGACAAUAUUUCACUGUAGUUCAUUACCUGAUGUUUGUUAUUAUUAUUUGACUUCUAAAAGAACAAUCCUUUAUCUGAUCUUAACAAAGCACUGGGCCAGCCACUCUUCAAUAUCACCUGGGCCAACACCUUCCCACUAAUGAGAUGACAAACCAGCACAGGUGUAACACAUACUGAGUAACGAGGGGACACCAAUCAGUGCACCCCACGCGCUAACGUCCAACCUCUAAAUAUAAAUGGAAAAACCAAAACCUAUAUAUAACACUGUCAGUCUGUUAGACAUGAUGAGUGCAGAAAGCAGCAGCAAUGUAACAGUUGACCUGUAUUACCAAUAUCUCAGACUCACAACAAGGUAUGACUUCAUAUCUGGGAGAGAGAAUUCAGAGGUUUUUCUGAUUAUUGUCCCACAUGAUGAAAUCGGGGAGGGGACUUUGGCUCUGUCUCUGUCUGAUAGCACGUUUGUAUGUUUGUCACACGUGAUAUCUCAGACUGAGAUAUCAGACUGUUUUUGAUGAAACUUGGUUGUAUGAUGUGUUUUGCUGUAGAGAUCUGGCAUUUUCUAAAUGACACAGACUGGCCAGGUGGAGGCACUAUAACAAGCAAUUGAAAAUGCACAUUUUGAAAGGUCACGCCCCUCACCCAGUUUGUCCAAUAGUCAUGAAAUUCAGGACAUCAGUCCUCCUCUUCAGAAGGAACAAAUUUUCAGCAGGGAUCCAUAAGGUCCACCACGAUGGAUAUUCCACCAUUUAGAAUUUGGUGAAAAACACUUCAAACGCUUCUCCUCUGGCACUGAAUGAUCGAUCAGCAAGAAACUUGAUGGACAAACGUCUCUCAACGCAAUAUAUUGCAGACUAGUACCUAAAACAACAUGGCCGUAAUGGCCAAUAAACUUUCAUGUGGUCCGAAACGCAAAUCAGUCACAGAUAUUUCUAUUGUAACAAAUUUGGUACACAUGUUGAAAACACUGUCAACAAGACCCAACAUAUGCAAGAACAUUCAUAUCGACCACAAGGUGGCACUAUAACUGGCACAGGUAAUAUCAGCAUAGUCUCGUUUGAAUUUGCCGGGGGAAGGGGGGGUAUCAUUGAGGGGGACGAAAUGUUUAAUGCUGCAUUGUUUUAAUUCUGAUAAUAUCAGCACUAUCUGUUUGUUUUACUUAGAUUUAUACAAUGCAUAUACUCUGUUGAUCCUCAAUAGCUUUAAUGGUCACUGAGUAACAUUCAGGAUGUCUGGAUAAAUACAUUCAGUUGAAUAGUGAUACACUUGGUAUUCAGUCUAGCACAGCACCAGAGCUUUAGAAUAGUGAUACACUGGGUAUUCAGUCUAGCACAGCACCAGAGCUUUAGAAUAGUGAUACACUUGGUAUUCAGUCUAGCACAGCACCAGAGCUUUAGAAUAGUGUUACACUUGGUAUUCAGUCUAGCACAGCACCAGAGCUUUAGAAUAGUGAUACACUUGGUAUUCAGUCUAGCACAGCACCAGAGCUUUAGAAUAGUGAUACACUUGGUAUUCAGUCUAGCACAGCACCAGAGCUUUAGAAUAGUGAUACACUUGGUAUUCAGUCUAGCACAGCACCAGAGCUUUAGAAUAGUGAUACACUUGGUAUUCAGUCUAGCACAGCACCAGAGCUUUAGAAUAGUGAUACACUUGGUAUUCAGUCUAGCACAGCACCAGAGCUUUAGAAUAGUGAUACACUUGGUAUUCAGUCUAGCACAGCACCAGAGCUUUAGAAUAGUGAUACACUUGGUAUUCAGUCUAGCACAGCACCAGAGCUUUAGAAUAGUGAUACACUUGGUAUUCAGUCUAGCACAGCACCAGAGCUUUAGAAUAGUGAUACACUUGGUAUUCAGUCUAGCACAGCACCAGAGCUUUAGAAUGGUGAUACACUUGGUAUUCAGUCUAGCACAGCACCCGAGCUUUAGAAUAGUGAUACACUUGGUAUUCAGUCUAGCACAGCACCCGAGCUUUAGAAUGGUGAUACACUUGGUAUUCAGUCUAGCACAGCACCAGAGCUUUAGAAUAGUGAUACACUUGGUAUUCAGUCUAGCACAGCACCAGAGCUUUAGAAUAGUGUUACACUUGGUAUUCAGUCUAGCACAGCACCCGAGCUUUAGAAUAGUGAUACACUUGGUAUUCAGUCUAGCACAGCACCCGAGCUUUAGAAUAGUGAUACACUUGGUAUUCAGUCUAGCACAGCACCAGAGCUUUAGAAUAGUGUUACACUUGGUAUUCAGUCUAGCACAGCACCCGAGCUUUAGAAUAGUGAUACACUUGGUAUUCAGUCUAGCACAGCACCCGAGCUUUAGAAUAGUGAUACACUUGGUAUUCAGUCUAGCACAGCACCAGAGCUUUAGAAUGGUGAUACACUUGGUAUUCAGUCUAGCACAGCACCAGAGCUUUAGAAUAGUGAUACACUUGGUAUUCAGUCUAGCA